ACGGCUAAAUAAUCUCACGGCUACCACAACAAUUUAAUACUAACUAUAAUACCGUUUGUCAUAAGUUUCUUUUAAUAAAUAAGCUUCCAUAUUUGCCAAAUUACGACUCUUAAAUAGGAGCUGUUCUCUUCCAAAAUUCAAUCAAUCUCCAUGUCGCAAGAUUCUCUCAAAAUCAAACUUACAGUUUCCUUUCAUAAUCAGUAAUUCAGAGACGAUUCCAACAAAAUCAAACGCAGUACAUUCCCUCAAAGAAGAUUCGAUAAAGAACAGAACAUUCAUCUGUCAAAUUUGAACAAAAAACAGCUCAAUCAAUACGCGAUUCAAGACAAAAAUCGAGGAAUCACAUCUGAUAUGAGUUUACUAAGUGAUUCAGCAAAAGGAACACUAAAGGCUCUUGUGCACUAUAAUGGAGUAUGGAAUGAGCAUUUUAAUUACUCCAACUAUAAGAUGAAAGGAAUACUGAUAAGGGAAGACACAACCUUUGAAGAAAUUAAGGAAUUGAUAGCAGGUAUACUAGAGGUAAACAGUUGGGAAACCAAAAUGGAAAUCAGAUUUCAGUUAGAAAGCAACUACCAAACUUUAGAAAUUGAAGAUAAUGUCAGCCUUCAAUUCUACAUUGAAAUGAAAAAAGAUGAACCGCGAGUAACCAGUUUUCCAUUAUGUGUUACAACAAGAAAAUUUGAAGAUCAACCACAAAUACUGAAUGUCAGCAGCGAAGAUCAAACACAAAUACUGAAUGUCAGCAGCGAACCUUCUAUUGGAAUGAUUGAAGAGCAAUUUGUGGAUACAUCAUCUACUAGUAACACAAAAUUCGAUAUUGUAAAAUAUGCAGAAAUUUUAUACAAACAAACAAGAAAAGAAGAUGAGGAAGCUGACAGUAAACCACAAGAAAUCAACAUCGUCACUAAUUCAAAAAUAUCAGAAAUCUAUGUCGGACAGAUCUUCAAAAACAAAGAAAUCAUGAAGACAAGUUUUUGUUUCUACACAAUUGCUAACCAAUUUCAGUAUAAAGUCAGUAAGUCUUGCAAGAGAGAAUAUAUAGUCAUUUGCAUUGAUUUAAAUUGCAGGUGGACAGUGAGAGCUUCAAGAGAUGGGAAGACAAAUAUGUUUGUGAUUAGAAGAAUGAUCAACAUCCACACAUGCCCACCAAAUAUAAGAAUGGACGACAAACGGCAAGCAACAGCUUCUAUAAUAGGGGAACAUAUAAAAAUGAAGUUCCUGGAUAUAAAAACCAUCUAUACUCCAGCUGAUAUUAUUGCAGAUAUUCAGAGAGAUUUUGGGAUUGUUUUGAGUUACAAUAGGGCAUGGAGGUCAAAAGUAAAGGCACUAAAUCAGAUUAGAGGUACUCCGCGCGACUCGUAUUCCAUUUUGCCUGGAUAUUUGCACAUGCUUCUACAAACUAAUCCAGGGUCUGUUGUAGAUCUUCAUACAACUGAUGAGAACAAUUUUGAAUAUAUGUUUAUGGCUCUAGAUGCUUCUAUUAAAGGUUGGAAGUACUGUAGACCAAUAGUUGUAGUAGAUGGUACAUUUUUGAAGUCGAACUACGGUGGAACAUUAAUAACAGCAAGUACACAAGACGGGAAUGGUAAGAUUUUCCCCCUUGCUUUUGCUAUUGUUGAUUCUGAAAACGAUGAUUCCUGGGAAUAUUUUUUUGUAAAAUUGAAAGAAGCAUUUGGUGGAAGAAGUGGGCUGUGUAUUGUUUCAGAUAGGCAUCUGAGUAUAUCCAAUGGGGUCAAAAAAGUUUUUCCUGAAGCAAGUCAUGCAAUAUGUAUGUACCAUUUGCUAAGUAACAUCAAAUCAAAGUUCAAACACGAUCCGGAUACAUUGAGAGACUGUUUCUAUGGAGCUGCAAGAUCAUACACAACUAAGGGAUUUGAAUACUACAUGAAAGAACUCGAUGCCAUUAAUGCAGGAAUUAAAAAGUACCUAACAGAUAUUGGGUUCGACAAGUGGGCAAGAGCAUACUGCAAAGCUAAUAGGUACACAACAAUGACAUCGAAUAUAGCCGAGUCUUUAAAUGCAGCAAUCAAGGCAGCUAGGGAAUUACCAAUAACAACACUUCUUGAAAGUUUAAGGCGUUUGAUGCAAGAAUGGACUUACUCAAACAGAAAUAUUGCAAUUUCUACAUUUACUAAGCUGACAAACAAAGCAGAAGAUGAACUCAGAAAUCACUAUGCAUCAUCGUUAAGAAUGAAGGCUUCAACAUCUGUUAGAGGUUUGCACAGUGUGGAACAUGGUGAUAAAACCUUUAUAGUCAAACUUAAUGAAAGAACAUGCACAUGCUGCAGAUUUCAAUUGGAUGAAAUGCCAUGUCCACAUGCUGUUGCUAUACUAAACAAACUUCACCAAGAACCAUAUCAAUACUGCUCAAACUUUUUCAGUAAAGAAAAUAUGCUUGCCACAUAUGAAGGAAUUGUCUAUCCAAUGCCUAGCCAAAAUAAUUGGGAUUUACCAGCCAAUGUUGAAAGUAUGGAAGUUCUUCCACCAAUAGGAAAAAUUCCAGCGGGAAGACCAAAGAAAAGAAGAAUACCGGGACCACAUGAACCAAUAAAGACAAAUCAGUGUGGAAGAUGUAAAGAAAAAGGACAUAACAAGAAGACAUGCAGAAAUAUACCAAAAUCAUAAAAUUUAGUUUUCAAAUAGAUUUCUUAUAUACAUUGAUUAGUUGAUUUGUAAUUCAUUGAAUUUUGGCUCAAUUAAAGGAUUUCUUCUUUUUUUUU